UGCCUUUGAGAGUUGCUGUAACAAUGAGGUGCUUAUGGGUCAUGGACAGAUGUAACACGACAUAAUAACGCGUAAAAUCUAAACGGAAAGUGAGAACGGCGAUUCUGGAAACGCUAUUGUCACACUGAAGACCCGCCCAAGGUAGCGCAGCCAAUAGCAGCUGGAGGACAGAUCUGAUUGAGAACCGCAGCCACAAGGACAUGCUACAGUCCCCGCUAGAAUCUUCAGCCGUAGACGGAGAACGCGCCUUCAAUCCAUCUAAAGGAGUAUGAUUCCAGUGACCGAAUUCCGGCAGUUCACGGAACAGCAGCCAGCGUUCCGGGUUCUGAAGCCAUGGUGGGAUGUGUUCACAGACUACCUCUCUGUGGUUAUGCUCAUGAUAGGUGUUUUUGGAUGCACUCUGCAGGUGAUGCAAGACAAAAUCAUAUGCCUUCCUCAAAGGACAUUCUCGCCAAACCAGACAGAGCUGAUGUGCCCACCUCCUUCCACAAAUCAGGAAUCGACAGUGCCUGUCCAUGAGUUGAAAGGACUGAAGACAAACUUGGAUAUUCAGCAGUAUAAUUACAUAAACCAAAUGUGCUAUGAAAAGGCGCUGCAUUGGUAUGCUAAGUACUUCCCUUACCUGGUUCUGAUUCAUACUGUCAUUUUCAUGGUGUGCAGCAAUUUCUGGUUCAAGUUUCCUGGCUCCAGCUCUAAAAUUGAGCACUUCAUAUCCAUCCUGGGCAAGUGCUUUGACUCUCCAUGGACUACGAGGGCACUGUCAGAAGUAUCUGGGGAGAAUCCUGAGGAGAAAGACAGCAAGAAGAACAGUGCCAGUAGGUCAAACCUUGAUACUCCAAUUGGCGAGGGCAACCUGGAGAAGACUCAAUCUUUAAGAUCCAUUCCUGAAAAGAUCGUUGUUGACAAGCCAGCACCAAGUGUCCUUGACAAGAAGGAAGGAGAGCAAGCCAAGGCCUUGUUUGAGAAGGUCAAAAAAUUUCGCCUGCAUGUGGAGGAGGGUGAUAUAUUAUAUAUGAUGUAUGUCCGUCAGACUGUUGUAAAAGUGCUCAAGUUUAUCCUUAUAAUUGCGUACAACAGUGCUCUGGUGUCAAAGGUUAGGUUUAGUGUUACCUGUACUGAGAACAUGCAGGACAUGACGGGUUACCGGUACUUCUGUUGCAAUCACACUAUGGCCCACUUGUUCUCUAAGCUCUCCUACUGUUAUUUGUGUUUUGUUGGAGUUUAUGGACUUACAUGCCUUUAUACAUCCUACUGGCUGUUCUAUAUCUCUCUCAAGGAAUACUCUUUUGAAUAUGUCAGGCAAGAGACCGGAAUUGACGACAUCCCAGAUGUAAAGAAUGACUUUGCUUUCAUGUUGCACAUGAUCGACCAGUAUGAUCCCCUAUAUUCCAAGAGAUUUGCAGUGUUUCUCUCAGAGGUGAGCGAAAACAAGCUGAAACAGCUCAACCUCAACCACGAGUGGACAGCCGACAAGCUUCGGCAGAAGCUGCAGACCAACAGCAAUAACAGGCUAGAACUUCAACUCUUCAUGCUGUCUGGUCUCCCAGAUACCAUCUUUGAGGUGACAGAGCUGCAGUCUUUGAAGCUUGAGAUUAUUAAUAAUGUAACCAUACCAGCAGCCAUUGCCCAACUUGAGGAUCUCCAGGAGCUUUCGCUUUACCAGUGCUCGCUCAAGAUCCACAUUGCAGCCACCGCAUUCCUCAAGGAGAAUUUGAAGGUGCUGCGAGUGAAGUUUGACGAUGCCCGUGAACUUCCGCAGUGGAUGUAUGUGUUGCGGAACUUGGAAGAGCUCCAUCUGAUUGGCUCUUUGAAUUCUGAUGCAUCAAAGAACGUAACCCUGGACUCUCUACGAGAGCUUAAAGCGCUGAAGACACUGACACUCAAGAGCAACUUCACAAAGAUCCCUCAGUCCAUUGUGGAUGUGGCCAGCCAUCUACAGCGACUCUGUAUUUGCAAUGAUGGCACCAAACUGGUCAUGCUAAACAACCUGAAAAAAAUGGUGAACCUAACAGAACUUGAGUUGGUGCACUGUGACCUAGAACGCAUACCCCACGCCAUUUUCAGCCUGAGUAAUCUGCAGACUCUGAAAGAGAACAAUCUACGCACCAUUGAAGAGAUUGUCAGCUUCCAGCACCUCCGUAAGCUGACCUGUCUGAAGCUUUGGCACAAUGGCAUCGCUUUUAUACCCGAACACAUCAAAAAGCUCAGCAGCUUGGAGCGCCUCUACUUCAGCCAUAACAAGAUCGAGAUCCUACCUUCACACUUAUUCCUGUGCAACAAACUACGCUACCUUGAUCUUUCCAACAACGACAUCCGUUUUAUCCCACCGGAGAUAGGUGUUCUCCAAAGCCUUCAGAACUUCUCUGUUAGUUGUAACAAAAUCGAAAAUAUUCCUGAUGAGCUCUUCUUCUGUAAGAAGCUGAAGACUCUGAAGCUUGGCAGAAACAUGCUGUCUGUCCUCUCACCAAAGAUUUCUUUCCUUGGAGUACUGACUCACUUGGAGUUAAAGGGUAAUCACUUUGAGUUCUUACCAGCUGAACUCGGCUCUUGUCGCGCCUUAAAACGCAGCGGACUUGUCGUAGAAGACGCGCUGUUUGAGACGCUGCCUUCAGACAUCAGGGAACAAAUGCAAGCAGAGUGAUGACUGCUUUGCUUUAAUGCCAAAUAUUGUAAUCUGACUCCUUAACAGGCAAGGCUUCCAGGUGUUCUGUCUUGUAGUAUGUAUUUUUGAUCUAUAUGGGUGAGUACUUGCAAUUUCAUGUUUAAAGCUAGACUUGUGCUUAAUGGCAUUUUAAUGCUAAAAAGCAAGAGUUAGAAAAAUAUAGGGAUGAACACAUUUUAAUGCCUUACAUUGUAUAUUAUGAAAAAGCCAUAUGAAAUGUAUACAUUUUAAGACUCUUUAUCUUAAUUUUCUAAGAUAUAUAUAAUUUUUAAACCUGUAAAUCAUAAAAGUAGACAACUUAUGACAGGGAUUAAUUUAGAGACAGUUUGUGUGACAGAAAUUUCAUUGUAUGCUUUUACUGACAUUUGCUCUCAUAAUCCAUUAAGCUUUUGCAGGUCAAGUACUGUACAACAUGUUUUGCACUGGAACUAUUAGAAA